AUGAUGACAAUUAGCAUUCUGAAGCCUUGGGUGUCAAACAGACCUACAUCCAAUGCAAGCAAUGGGCUCUCUGGCAACAAUAGAAAAUGUCCUUCUCACAGGCACACAAACGCAGCCAAAGACGACAGCAAAACCACCUUCAUCGUCAACUAUUUCCCCCAGAAUAUGACCCAAGAACAAUUCAAUGGUCUUUUUUGGAACAAUGGUGAAGUAGCAUCCUUCAAAUUUACAAGAGGCAAAAUUACAGGUCAGAGUUUAGAGAGUGGAUUUACUAACUUUAUUGAUCCAAAGGAUGAGGAGAAAGCCGUCAACACUUUAAAAGGACUCAGACUCUAG